GAGGAGGAGAAGAGGGAGGAAGAGGAGGAGGAGAAGGAGGAAAGGAAGGAAAAGAAGGAAAAAGAGGAAAAGGAGGAAAAGGAGGAGGUAGAAAAGGAGGAAAAAGAGGAGGAAGAGGAGGAAGAGCAGGGGAAAAAAAAAAGAGGAACAGGAGGAGGGGGAGCAGCAGCAGCACAAGGCGGGGGCGCUCCCGGAGCGCUCGGGGCGCCGUGCCUGGGACUGUGCCCGAACUGUCCCCGGGACUGUCCCCGGGCUGUGACCCAGCUGUCCCCGGGACUGUCCGGGCCAUGGGGCCGCGCUGCGCGCUCUGGGCCGCGCUGCUGCUGCUGCUGGCGGAGGCGCAGGAGCCGUGGCGGCAGCUGAUCCAGUGGGAGAACAACGGGCGGCUCUACAGCCUGCUCAACAGCGGCGCGCAGUUCGUGCCCGCCGGGCGGCACCGKCCCGCGGGGACACGCGUGUGGCUGGCGGGGACGGCGGGGACCGCCACCGGCACAACCGGGACAACCGGCGGGACAAGCGGGACAACCGGCGGGACCGGCACUGGAACCGCCGCCGGGACCGGAACAGACACCGGGACAGCCACCGGGACAGCCACCGGGACAAGCACCGGGACAACCGGGAGCGGCCGCCCCGCCCGCCGCCAGGCCUCGGGCACCGUGCGGGGACAAGCGCGACACCCGUUCGGCUUCGGCCAAGUGCCGCCCAACUGGCGAGCCGGGCUGGCACCGGGACAGCAGCAGCAGCAGCGCCGGCGGCACCCGGUGACAUCCGCGGCCUCGUCGUUCGCUUUCGCCGCCGCGGGGGUGGCGCCCGAGGGUGGCCCCGCGUCCCGGAGCGCGGGGGUGGUGCCCGAGGGUGGUGGCGCCGUGAUUUGGAACGCGGCGGUGGCACCCGACGGUGGCCCCGCGUCCCGGGGAGCGGUGGUGGCGGCGGCGGCGGCGGGGACGGGGACAUUCCCGGUGAAUGCCGAGGAGCGGAGUCGCUACGGGGCCGCGCUCCCGGUUCCCGAGGACCGGAAUUCCUACAGAGCGGCGCUCCCGGUGCUUUCCGAGGAGCGGAAUUCCUACCGGGCGACAUUCCCGGUGAAUCCCGAGGAGCGGAGUCCCUACGGAGCGACAUUCCCGGUUCAGGAGGAGCGAAAUUCCUACCGAGCGGCGCUCCCGGCGCAUCCCGAGCAGAGAAAUUCCUACGGGGCCGCGCUCCCGGUGCUUUCCGAGGAGCGGAAUCCUUACGGGGCCGCAUUCCCGGUUCAGGAGGAGCGGAAUCCCUACGGAGCUCCGUUCCCGGUGAAUCCCGAGGACCAGAAUUCCUACAGAGCUCCGUUCCCGGUGAAUCCCUCUGACCGGAAUUCCUACGGAGCUCCGUUCCCCUUUCAUCCCGCUGAUCGGAAUUCCUACGGAGCUCCAUUCCCGGUACUUCCCGAGGAGCGGAAUUCCUACGGAGCUCCGUUCCCGGUGAAUCCCAAUGAGCAGAUCCCAUACGGAGCUCCGUUCCCGGUGAACCCUGAGGAUCAGAAUUCCUACGGAGCUCCAUUCCCGGCGGUUCCUGCUGACCGGAAUUCCUACGGAGCUCCACUCCCGGCCCAUCCCGCUGACCGGAAUCCCUACGGRGCUCCGUUCCCGGCKCUGGACCGGCGCUUCUCGCACAGUUUGUACAACGAGGCCCCGCAGCGGAUCCCGGUGCCCGGUCCCGAUCCCGAUCCCGAUCCCCGGAGCGCGCCGGGAUCCUCUGACACCCUUUAUGGGAUCGGGAUCGGGACCGGGACGGGGAUCCCAAACCCCAACGGCCCCAACGGCGACCCCAACCCCGCGCGGAGCCCCCCGAGCCCGCGGGCAGCGCCCCACGGGGGGCUCAGCGUGGGCAGCGUCUACCGGAGCGGGAACGGGGCCCGCGGUCAGUGCGGGGAGAGGGUUUGGG